GGACGGAAGUCGGCCAGCCGAAACAGUGAAACGCGCAAACGGCAACACGAAGAAAGGCAGCAAGAUAAGACGGAUGGAGAGAAAACACGCAGGUCUUGGUGCUGUUUGGUGCGCGUUGACAAAAAAACCAAUGAGGGCGAGCAUUGUGGGGGAGGCAGUGAUCUUGGUGCCAUACCAGAGGGAGCACGUUCCUCGCUACCACCAAUGGAUGACGGACCCUGCUCUCAUUGAAGCCACAGCUUCCGAGCCCCUCACCCUCGACCAGGAGUACGAGAUGCAAACCUCGUGGGUCCAAGACCCUAACAAAUACACUUUCAUUGUGCUGGAUAAACAGUUGGUUGAUGGCGAAUACGUUCAUGGGGAGCCCCAUGUUGAAGCAAUGGCUGGUGAUGUGAAUAUAUAUAUGAAUGGCAUAGAUGACUUGCAAGUAUCUGAAAUCGAGAUUAUGAUAGCAGAGCCAAGAAGUCGUAGGAAGGGACUUGCAGCAGAAUCCCUGUUGUUGAUGAUGGCUUUUGCCUUUGAAAAUCUUGGGAUACAACUGUUCCGUGCAAAAAUUAGUGAAUCAAAUACUGCUUCACUUAAUCUGUUCAAGAAGCUGGCAUUUGAAUAUGCUGGAUAUAAUCAUGUUUUUAAGGAGAUCAUUCUUGAAUUAGAUGUUAAGAAGAACACGUGCCAGGAGCUCAAAGUCUUACUUGGGAGCUUGAAAGUGUUUCAUGGCGAUAGCAUGCAAUCUUGAUAUUCGAAUGACCAUUACAUUAUGCAAGGGAUGCUGACGACAGAGUUCUUAGUUUGGUUAUGAAAUUUUAAAGACAAUACAACAUUAAUGUUUACACUUGUACCUAUUAUGUCCAGUCCAAAAUCAUGGUAUUAGGUUCCCCACCCUGAGGAUAGUGUGGCAGAAGAAAGAAAAAAGAGAAGUGGUAUGACUAUCUAACACGAUAGUUGAUGGAAAAAGAUCAAUGGCCAAGUAACAUAGGUACGUGGGUUAUGACCAUGUACAGUACCAGUACCAGUAUGGUGGUACGCCAAUUCCAAUACUGGUACGGCAGUAUGCUGUUGGUACAUAUGAAUAAGUUCUGAGUGGGAACCGCAUUUUUUUCUUAUAUUUUAACCAUAUUGUUAGUCUAUUUAGUUUUAUGAGAUUAUAUGUAGGAACUAUUAAACAUUGUCUUAAUGAUGUACCAUUUUACA